AACUGCUUGCAUCAGCUGAUUUUUGUUUACUUCUUGCUUCUCUUUUUGUUUUGAUUUUCCUUUAUUUUACUACUGCGGCGAAAAACGCAUGUUUUCCCCCCAAUUUCAUCGGCAUAAACAAAAGCUAUUUAUACACGAAUCACCCAAAACAAGAGGCAAACUAAGUGCUUUGUUUUUAUCGGCGACCGCAGAAGAUUUCCGUUUUUGAAUGCGUGUGGUUGGACCGGUGGAUGUUGGCUAAAAACGAGGAGGCGGCCAAUUAAAGCAGCAGCAGAAGAGGAAGCACACGAUUUAUUGGGCCAUUGUGGCUGCCAAGAAUCCAAGAAUCCGAAAGGGGCCACUUUACGCUUGUAAACAAUCGGGUUUUCGAUGAUAUCCCGGAUCGGAUAUGUGCAUUUAUAGCUUGAGCUACCAUUAGCCCUAUUAAGUUCUGAUUAGACGUUAAUGUUCUAGUCAUCAGAAUUAGUUAAUCACAUACAAAAUACGACGUAAUCCUAGCCAAAACAAAGUACUUUAAGUUACUAAUCCAUCAACUUGCCGUACAUUUAGUUAAUUCACUACCAAACUUCUCCAUUAACAUUUUAAUGAGUUCAAAUUUGGGUCAUAUCAAUUAAGAUUAACUAGUUGCAGUUCGAUGAGAAGACACACCUCACGCCCAGAACCAGAAAUUAAAUAAUCUCUACCAGACGAUGCUAUUUGCCAAGAAUUCGAGUGUUAAUGGGGUCAACGUCUGUAAACAAUCGAUCGGAUCUGAUUAACUUGUUGCAGUUGAUGCGAACACAAUUAAUUUGCAAAACAAUGGACUGAUGCAAACAGUUGUUAGCCGAUGUCUGCCAAAAAAAAAAAAAAAAUUAAAAGGAAGGGCAACAUUAACAGAAACUACAACAACUGCCAGAGCAGCAGCAACAAUUGCAAAAACUAUAGCAGAUAUUGCAUGUAAAACAGCAACAAUAGCACGAAAGUCCGCAACAACAGCAACAUGCCACUGCGGCAGCCCGGUCAUAUCAACAUUUCGGCUAGAAUUGAGCAAUUUGCCAGUGCUGCUGCUGCCGCUGCGUAUACGUAAUAUUAAAAAUAGGCUAACGCCCAGGCUGCAGGAUGAACAAGCGCAGCGUCAUCAUCGCGGGAAUCGUGGCCAGCCUUCUGGGCCUGGUGCUUGGUGCCAACUUCUACUUCAUGUACUAUCUGAGCGCCGAGGAGGGCCAUUUGGCCAGCGUUCGUGCGCUGGAGAACAUGAUCCGGCACAAGAUGCGCCACCUGAAGCCCAACUACCUCAAUCGCAAUCCGCGCUUCUUUAUGUUCCGCAACAAGCUGCUUAAGAACUACAAGGCGGCGCCCUACGAGAACGCCAGUGUCCUCUGGGACAUUGCCAACUGGUGGCCGCAUGAAAACGAGGUUUAUCCCUUGUACGACUCAUCGAUGGGCCAGCUCUUGGAAACAAUGCGCCGUGAACCGAUCACCAGGGUGAGCAAUCUGGGUCGCGGCACCCAGCUGAAGCUGCUGAUGAAGCUGUCACAGCAACAAAAGGUGAUCUUUAAGCCGCAAUGGUAUCCGCGUGAUGAGGUCAUCGAUGGAAUGGUGUACAGCGGCAAGGAUCGGCACACUGCCGAGGUAUAUGCCUUCUAUCUGGGCGCCGUGCUCGACUUUCGAUGGACGCCCAUCGUUGUGGGUCGAGUGGUGAACUUAAAGAAGGAGAUCUACGCGAACGGUGACCAGGAACUCCAGCAAACCAUAAACAUCGAAACGGACGAGGAGGGCAAGGAAACGUACUGCCUGUUCGGAAAGUGUCACUACUGCAACGAGGAGGAGACCGUCUGUGGGGACGAGAAGCACAACAUCGAGGGCGUACUCAUCUAUAUCGUUCCGGGAACGUUGGCCAAGCGGCGGUCUCCGUGGCAGCGAACCUACAAGGAAGACAAGCGGGCGCCAUGGGAAGACGACAUGACCUACUGCAAGUCAUUGAAGAACAAAAUGGAAACCAUUCGCCUGCUGGACCUCAUAGAUGUGGCCAUUUUCGAUUAUCUCAUCCAGAAUGGGGAUCGCCAUCACUAUGAGACGCGUGAGGAGCGCGUGGUGCUCAUCGAUAAUGGAAAGGCUUUCGGCAACCCAAAUAAGGAUCACUUAGAUAUCCUGGCGCCCCUUUACCAAUGCUGCCUCUUGCGAAAGUCCACGUGGGAUCGCCUGCAAGUUUUCUCAGGCGGCGUGCUGACGGAAAUCGUCGAUCGGCUGUCCAAGCAGGAUGCCCUCUAUCCACUUAUCACCGAUAAACAUAAAAAAGGAGUGGAGCGGCGACUUCUGGUCGUCUAUGCGGUUGUGGAGCACUGCAUGGACAUCGAAGGCGAUAAAAUGUUCAAAACUCUGUAGUUCAAGCUUGAGAUUAAGGCUAAAAUGGUUGUUAAUCCUGAAUAGAGCUUCCGGAACUCACUUUCCACUUCCUACUUAAGAAGUUAGCUAAAAGUAGCUAGAAACUAUUCUAAUAAUUUUAGUCAAUGCUUUCCUUUAACGGCUGUCAAUAUCCCCUUUGAAACCAUUAAAUAUUCAGCUCCUUCACAUUUUCCUGUUACGACAGGAAAAACUUUUCGAAGUUUUUUUUACGUUAUCUUGAACGUUAUUGAUUUUAAAUAGGUUAACAAUUUCCCCAUAUAAGAGCAAAAAGUUAAAUAGAUAAUUUAAAAAAUUUCGAUGCCAUCCAUUUCAUAAUUUUAGACAUUGAAAUGUGACACUUUAAUGACUCCCAUUAUCAUGACAAAUCCCAUGAUGUUCUACUUUUAUUUUUUUCAUAUUUUUCAGCUUAGUUAUCUAUUCCCAAAAAUCGUUAGAUCUUAAAACCGUACCGUAACAUAUCCGAUAGUAUAGUUUUAUGCAUAAUUACGUUUGUUAUUUAAUAGGUAAUAUUUUAGAAAAAUUGCAAAAUUUUAGUUUUGUAACAUAUCAAUAAAGUGUAUAAACAAUCAGAAAUAAA